AUGGUGUUACCAAUUCUACCGUUGAUUGAUGACCUGGCCUCAUGGGGCACCAAGAAGGCAUACGCUUCCCUUGUUGGUCAAGUGCUCCUGGAUGGUUCGAGCCUAAACAAAGACGAGGUUCUCCAAUUUGCCAAGGAGGAAGAGGUGCCUUUGGUGGCCUUGUCCUUGCCAAAUGCCAAGUUCAGUGAUGAUGAUAUCAUUGCCUUUUUGAACAAUGGGGUGUCUUCUCUUUUCAUUGCAAGCCAAGAUGCUAAGAUUGUCGAUCACUUGGUUGAAGAGUUGAAUGUGCCAAAGAACCGUAUAGUCGUGGAAGAAAAUGGUGUCUUUCACAAUCAAUUUUUAGUGAACCAAAAGUUUUCGCAAGAUAGAAUCGUGUCCAUAAAGAAAUUGACCAAGGAUUUGUUGAUUAAAGAAGUGGUCGCUGAAGUACGCACCGAUCGUCCCGAUGGUUUGUUCACCACACUGGUGGUCGACCAGUACGAGCGUUGUUUAGGGUUAGUAUACUCUUCAAAGGAAUCUAUAGCAAAAGCCAUUGACCUAGGUCGUGGUGUUUAUUAUUCUCGUUCUAGAAAUGAAAUCUGGGUUAAAGGUGAGACUUCCGGCAAUGGUCAAAAACUUUUGCAAAUCUCUACCGAUUGCGAUUCUGAUGCUUUGAAGUUUAUUGUUGAGCAAGAAAACGUUGGAUUUUGCCACUUGGAGACCAUGUCUUGCUUUGGCGAAUUCAAGCAUGGUUUGGUUGGAUUAGAGUCUUUACUAAAACAAAGAUUACAAGACGCUCCAAAAGAAUCUUAUACUAGAAGGUUAUUCAACGAUCCCGCACUAUUGGAUGCCARGAUCAAAGAAGAAGCCGAAGAACUGACCGAGGCAAAGGGCAAACAAGAAAUAUCUUGGGAAGCUGCCGACUUGUUUUACUUUGCAUUGGCCAAAUUAGUAACCAAUAACGUUUCAUUGAAGGAUGUUGAAAAUAAUUUAAAUAUGAAGCACUUAAAGAUUACAAGAAGGAAAGGUGAUGCUAAACCAAAGUUUGUGGAACAAGCCAAAGCUGAAGAGGAAGCACCAACCGGUCCAAUUCACUUACACGUGGUAAAUGCCUCUGACAAAGAAGGUAUCAAGAAGGCCUUGAGCAGACCAAUCCAAAAGACUUCUGAAAUUAUGCAUUUAGUCAAUCCAAUCAUUGAGAAUGUUAGAGAUAGAGGUGACUCUGCUCUAUUAGAGUACACUGAAAAAUUCGAUGGUGUCAAAUUGUCUACACCUGUGUUGAAUGCACCAUUCCCAGAAGAGUAUUUCGAAGGCUUAACUGAGGAAAUGAAAGACGCUUUGGAUUUAUCCAUUGAAAAUGUUCGUAAAUUUCAUGCUGCUCAACUGCCCAAGGAGACUCUUGAAGUGGAAACCCAACCCGGUGUUCUAUGUUCCAGAUUCCCUCGUCCUAUUGAAAAAGUCGGUUUAUAUAUCCCAGGUGGUACUGCUAUCUUGCCAAGUACUGCCUUAAUGCUUGGUGUUCCAGCUCAAGUAGCCCAAUGUAAGGAAAUUGUCUUCGCUUCUCCACCAAGAAAAUCCGAUGGUAAGGUUUCACCUGAAGUCGUUUAUGUUGCAGAAAAGGUCGGUGCUCGUAUGAUUGUCCUAGCCGGUGGUGCUCAAGCCGUUGCUGCUAUGGCAUAUGGUACUGAAACCAUUCCUAAAGUGGACAAGGUUUUGGGUCCAGGUAAUCAAUUUGUCACUGCUGCCAAGAUGUAUGUUCAAAAUGAUACACAAGCUCUAUGUUCGAUUGAUAUGCCUGCUGGUCCAAGUGAAGUUCUAGUCAUUGCUGAUGAAGAUGCAGAUGCAGAUUUUGUGGCUAGUGAUUUACUAUCACAAGCUGAACACGGUAUUGACUCCCAAGUUAUCCUUGUUGGUAUCAAGUUGAGCGAAAAGAAGAUACAAGAAAUUCAAGAUGCCGUCCACGAUCAAGCUAUGCAACUGCCACGUGUAGAUAUUGUUCGCAAAUGUAUCGCUCAUAGUACAAUCAUUCUUUGCGAUGGUUAUGAGGAAGCUCUCGAAAUGUCCAACAAAUAUGCACCAGAACAUUUGAUUCUUCAAAUCGCCAAUGCUAACGACUACGUUAAACUGGUUGACAACGCAGGUUCCGUGUUUGUGGGUGCUUACACUCCAGAAUCGUGUGGUGAUUAUUCAAGUGGUACUAACCACACUUUACCAACAUACGGUUAUGCUAGACAAUACAGUGGUGCCAACACUGCAACCUUCCAAAAAUUCAUCACUGCUCAAAACAUCACACCUGAGGGUCUAGAAAACAUCGGUAGAGCUGUCAUGUGUGUUGCCAAGAAGGAAGGUUUGGAUGGUCACAGAAACGCUGUGAAAAUUAGAAUGAGUAAGCUUGGGUUGAUCCCAAAGGACUUCCAGUAG